GAUCACUGAUGAGUUUAGUUGUAGACUGUAGUUAGUAAAAAAUAAUAAUAUUUGAUUAAUGUUAAUGUAAAUGACUUUAAUUGAAAACAAGUGUUAACAUUAGUAUUUUAUUUUAGAAAUCAUUUACAACAAAGAACCUACCAUUUAGUUACGGCACGUAUCUUAUGACAAUUCCAAUAUGGACUACGACUACCUUAUAAAAUUAUUAUGUGUUGGUGAUUCAGGAGUAGGUAAAACGAGCUUUCUUUAUAAAUACACGGACGGUGUUUUUCACACUCAAUUUAUAUCCACAGUGGGAAUAGAUUUUAGGGAAAAGACUGUGAUUUAUCAACAGAAUGGAAGACAGCAUCAUAUUCAUCUUCAACUUUGGGAUACAGCUGGACAGGAAAGGUUUCGUAGUUUGACAACAGCAUUUUAUCGGGAUGCUAUGGGAUUUCUUUUGCUGUUUGAUUUGACUAAUGAGGCAUCAUUCCUUGAAGUAAGGAACUGGAUUGAGCAAUUAAAGACACAUAGCCUUAGUGAUGACCCAGAUAUAGUACUGUGUGGGCAUAAAUGUGAUCUUCAAGAAAAACGAUUAGUCAACCCAAAUCGAGCAAGAGAGUUUGCUAAAAACUACAAUCUUCCAUAUUUGGAGACAAGUGCCAAAACUGGACAGAAUAUUGAUCGGGCCAUUGAGAUUCUACUUGAUAAAGUCAUGUUCAGAAUGGAGACUUCAGUGGAGUAUGCAAUGCUGUGUGCGACUGGACGCCGUCGUCAAUCCCUACAAAAGCUUCAAGCUAAACAGGACCGAAAGUUUUGUUCUUGUUAAAGAGAGAACAUUUAAGUUUAUUAUUUUAUAUAAAAUUUAUUUAUUAAAAAAAUUCCAAGAUUUAUAAUUUGUAGUGGAUAACGCAAAGCUACUGGACCAAUUUGCAUAUUGGACUAUAAAUUUAUUACAGCAUAUAGUGUGAAAUGAAUUGGUCUUGAAAUUCAUAAAAAAUGUACUAAAAAAAUUAAUUAUUAAAGCCAUGAUAACUGGCUGAUCCUGUGAUCCAUAUACAAUCCAAAUGUAUACAGAACUUUUACAAUUUUAAUAUCUCUUAUUACAUAGUGAAUACAGUUUUAUCGGAUGUCUGUCGAAAUUAUAGUAUUGGCAUGCAAGUUGGCCAAGUUUUGGGUUAUUAGUAUUACAUAAACAUAGUUACCUCAUUUUAUGUAAUACAAUUUAUUAUGUUUAUUAAUAAAGAUCAAGGCUUGGAUCAUAGAUCAUUGUUAAAAUUAAUGGUGAAUUAAAUAAUUGGUGAAACAUUUUUGUCAUAGUUUAUUUACUAGUUUUUAAUCUGAUAACCCUGUAUUCACUUUGUAUUACUGUAUACUUUAGCUUAAGUGUUAAUAGACUGAUUUUGAUUUAUAUAGAAACGUUUUCGGACAGUUUUGCGGUCUACAUUUAUUUAGUGUAGAUUUUAGUCUUCAGUAUUUAUGGCCAAACUCGAAUUUCUAGAGUUUUAUAUAUAUAUUCAGUAUUACUUUAAAAAUUAUCAUAACACCGGUUACAAGGGAAGUAUACGCGAAACAGUUCUCUUAUCUGUUUAAUUGUUAUUUAAUUUUGACAGAUAUAAGAGUUAGUGAGUGAGUGUUAGUUGAGUUUUGCACAAAACUUGUCUCUGAAUCCCCUUAUUCAUAUAAAGUGAUGGAGAAAAUUAAUGAAAUCAUAACUCUUCGUCUUUUCUGUCAUAUAUUUUUUAGACUGUGAUGAGAAAGAUCAAUGGCUUAGUAAAUGUAAAAGUUAUUCAGCUUUAAUGAAUAAGGGGAGACAGUUUUAUUACUGUAUACAUUACUGAAUCUAUAGUAAACAUGGAAUGUCUUUUAGAGAAGAUAUAAAAUUUAUUGUAUUACUAAAUAUUAUCAAGGGUAUUAUAAGAUUUUAAAUAUUGUUACUAUGUGCUUAUUUUAAAAUAAUGUUGCUUCUAUAUUUAAAGGAACUAGUUAUUGCUUACAGCAAAAUAUUUGUUAUCCGAUUCCUUAUUUGUGUUAUGAGUGUAUUAUAAAUACAGAAUGCCGAAGGACCAAAAUUUAUCUCCAAUGACGGAAAACAUUUUUCGCAAUCAUGAUGUAAUAUUUGUGUUUAAUGUUCUUUAACUUAAAGCAGAGAUUUUGAAAUGCUUACUUUGCUCAUUCGCAUUUUUAUGAAAUAUAAGCUUUUUUUAUUAUUUGGCAUGAGUCAAUAGUUCCAACUGGGUUUAAAUAUAGAGGAAGAUUUCAUACUUCCUUUUAAAUAAUGGGAAUCCCAGCCGUUCCUUAGAGAUGUUCAUAUACAUUUAGAUAAAAAAAUGUCCAUU